CCAUUCUCUCCACAACCUCUGCAAACUCCCACAACUCAAGUUUUCCGCCUCGGACAAUGGCGGUGACUUCCAGAUCAGGACGGACGUCAGAUCUCCAAAUGCCGAAGAAAUGGAAAGAGAGAGAAACCAGCCCUGAACGCAACAUAGUCUGGACGGAACCUCCCAAUAACAAACUAAAGGUCGAGCGAAAGGUCCCCGUCGUUUACUACCUCUCUAGAAACGGCCAGCUCGAACACCCUCAUUUUAUGGAGGUCCCUCUCUCUUCCCCCGAAGGUCUCUAUCUCAGAGAUGUGAUCAACCGCUUGAAUUUCCUUCGUGGAAAAGGCAUGGCUAGCAUGUAUUCCUGGUCUUCCAAACGGAGCUAUAAAAACGGAUUCGUCUGGCACGAUUUAGCCGACAACGAUUUCAUAUACCCAGCGCACGGCCAAGAGUACGUUCUUAAAGGAUCCGAGCUUCUGGAAACUCCAUUGAUCUCAAAAUCCGAUGAAACUGUAUCUUCCAGCAAGAAAAAAGAACUUCCGGAGAAUACAAAAUCACCAGAUGACUUCGAUUUUCCGGUGCUGGCCAGACGGAGGAGAAACCAGUCCUGGAGUGCAAUCGACCUCCAUGAGUACAAAGUCUACAAGGCCGAGUCCACCGGAGAGUCUGCGGGAAGAGCUGCCGCCGACGCAUCGACUCAAACAGACGAUAAACGACGUCGUCGCAGACCAAUCAGAGAAGUCGAAGAAGAAGAAGAGAUCGAAGACAAAAAUAAGGAACCGUAUCAGAAUCACAGUACAGAACUCAAUAGAGACGAGAUCUCUCCACCACCGUCCGAUUCAAGCCCCGAAACCCUGGAAACGCUAAUGAAAGCGGACGGCAGACUGAUCAUACCGUCAGACACCGAUGAUCCGACGGCUAAUAAUCAUCCAAAUGGAAGGCUCAAGGCGAGUUCCGUUUUAAUGCAGUUGAUAUCCUGCGGUUCUGUAUCGUUUAAGGACUGUGGGCCAGGCAAUGGUAAAGAUGGCCAGGGAUUCUCCUUGAUUUCGUACUAUAAAUCCAGAUUGCCACGUGGAGGGAGGUCGAAUCAGGUGGGAAAGGACGUAGAGUGUGCUCUGGUGCACAACACUAGAGUAGAACUGGAGGAUAAGGAGUACUUUAGUGGGAGCUUAAUAAUAGAGACAAGGAAGGACGAAUUUCCAGCUUUAAAGAGAUCUUCCUCUUACAAUGCAGAUCGGAGCUCACAUUUGGAAGUGGAGGUGAAACAGAGAGAGGGAGUAUCAGCAAAAUGCAUUCCAAGAAAGCUAAAGAACCAGUCCAAUAUGAAGGAAAGCAGUAACGACGCACCAGUGAUGGGCUGAUAGUCAACCCUUUAGUAAAUAAAUAGUGGCCCAACCAUUACAUUAGAAGAUCAUAAUGCAAAGUACUUAUUAAAGCAUCGUUUUUUUUUUCUCUCUCCUAUGUGGUUUUGACUUACCUGUCACGGAACGGCACGGCACAUAGGUUGAAGUUAAGGCUUGUGGGGGCUUUCACAAAGCUCUUUUUGUUGAAACUUGUAAAGAGUUGUCUUGUAGCAUUUUGGAGCUUGUGCCUGCAUGAAAAUUUUUCUACAUUAAGAGUCGGUGCUUUGGUAGUUGAGGUGUCUUGAUUUGCACUAACUUUUUUGAUUUUUG